AUGACUAUUGUUCAAUUUAUUUUCAAUCUCAUGGAUGCUCUCAGUUAUUUUAUUCGUACAGCAUUACCCGCUUAUUUGAAAAGCUUGCCAAUUCCAGAAAAUUCAGCUGGUUAUGCAAAAUUAACUGCUCGUGAUUAUUUACAACUGGUUCCAUUUGUUACCACUGUCUUAUUGUUAAUAUAUCUAACUUUUCAAGCAUUACUUCCCGAAGACGAAGAUGAUCAGAUUAAAAAAAUUGAAAAAGAGCCACAAGUGAAUCAGUCAUUAUCAAAAGAUAAAGAUAAAGUAGUUCAUGUUUAUGAUAUAAAGGAUAUUCAACCAGAAUGUGAUAAAGCUCAAAAUAAAUCUGUCUCAUACUGUCGAUGUUGGAAAUCAAAAAAGUUUCCACUUUGCGAUGGAACACAUAAUCAACAUAAUAAAGAUACGGGAGAUAAUGUUGGCCCGUUGGUCGUUACAAACAAAAAGGAAUAA